GCUCUGCUCAUUCUGCACUGGCUGCUGUCAGCACGCAGAGUCUGAGCGGCGAGGCGUUGCACUGUUACUCCACAAAACCGUGUGUUGAUAUGCUAGACAUAACACUAUCGCGAUGGAUAUCGGACUGUCCUAAAAGCCCAGAUGAAAAGCCUUAACCCGGAGCAGAACGGUAGGAAUAUGAAUUCUCUCUGGACUGCGAGAGCUGCGUUGUGCUAGAGCUGGACUCAAAAGAAACAGGUGGCUUUCACAUUGGAUUCCUGAACAUCUGAUUCUGGUCGGGAAAGCAAGAUAAAGACAGAGAGAGAGGCCUGAACAUCUGCUGAACACAUCAGCGGAAGGCUAUCAGCAGGUGGGCUGUAUGCUGUGGCUUUGGAGACAGAGCCAGAGGACUACUUUAUGCCCACAGGCCUCGGCUGUCCAAAGUGGGGGAUGAUCUGGAACGCUUCACACAGGCCUAUCAUUAGGCCAUCGGGGCCCAUGCUAAGGAAUGGAUAGUUUUGCUACUAAAUGUUAGUGUAAAUUCCCUUUAACUAUGGGUCAGCAGUGAAGGAUUGGUCUGGAAAUCCUUUUUUUCCUCGGAAUCAGCUAAAGAAAAGGAACUUUUAUUUGCUUUUUAGGAUUUAUAUAAUUUGAUGUUUUUAAAUGAAUGUCUACAAAGCAUUUAUCGCUUUUAGGUGACUAGCGGUAUAUUACAAAGCAGACUUUUGGAUUUAUGAACAAACAAAGACCAUGGCGGCUACCUAUCGCAUUGUGGUCAGCAGUAUUAACUGUUAUAACAGCGUUGUGAUUGACCGUCGUGUCCAGCACACUGUACACUACUGUAAUGGGCCCUGUGGUGCAAUAAAACAUGGACUGAACUGCACAGUGGCUCACCGCAGCACUUGUGCUGAACUUCUUGACACCCCCAUAUCUAGAACUUGCUCUGACCGGCCCAUCAGCCUUCAUGAGUCCAAAACGAUGGAGCAUGGUGCUUUCUGUGAUGACUACCACCAGGUCGUUCCCAGAGUUAAGAAAGGAUCUGCCAUUCAAACCUCAGCAAGCCUCAAGGAUAUUACAGGGGAAGCUAUCAACCUGGCCAGUGGCAAAAUCAAGGAGUUUUCAUUUGAGAAAAUCAAAUACUCUACCAGCCAUGUAACUUUCAGAAAGGGCCGUAAGGUUCGGCCGGACUCCUUCAGCAGGAGGUCCACUGAUCUAGACAUCAUCUAUGGCCAGUUUGCAGGCAAUGAUGAGAACUGUCCUCCAUUCGGCCUGUUUCAGAAAUCUGUACUCGAGGAGCAUAAGCUAAGUCGCAGUGCAUCCCUAGAGCAGAACUUAAACAAUGUGGCCACACUAUACCUGAACAGCCUCACAGAGGAGAACCUUAUUACCCGCAUACUGGAGAAGACCAAGGCAGACAGCAGUGCCUCGGGAGAAGACAUAAAAGCCUGUCUGGACAUUCUCCUCAAGUGCUCAGAAGAUCUGAAGAAGUGCACGGACAUCAUCAAACAGUGCAUCAAAAGGAAGUCGAUGGGUGGAAGCAGCGACGAUGCUGGGAACCCUGAAGUCAUUUAUAAAAAUGUGAUGGCUCGUUUAUCCAACUACCUAAAGAGGCUUCCUCUUGAGCUGGAACAGGGGCAAAGUGUGAGGCAGGAGCACAGUGAGCUUGCCGAAUUAGUCAACAGCAUACAUGGGCUGCAACAAAUCCCUUUCUCCCCCAUCUUUGGAAAUGAGCAGCCUCCACGCUAUGAGGAUGUUGUUCAAUCUCCUCCGACCACAAAGCCUCGAAUGAAACCCUCCCAUCCACAACCUCCUGAAGGCUCUAGGGAUCUUGCAAGCAGUUUGAAACCCAUUCAGAGCCCCUCGGGUUUGCCAGCACGUACAGCUCCAUCUACUAAUGGGUUCCCACAUGGCAGCUUGCCUUCGACCUCCAGUAGUGGUUCAGCAUCUUAUAUCUGCCACCACACAGUCUCAGCCAGCCGACCGGACACAUUUUCUUCAACAAACUCUCUCUUGUCUAACAGUAGUGAAAACCUCUGUAAGGAUGCCAUGGAAGCUCUGUAUAUUGAGGAGGAGGAUUUGGAUUUGGGAAGGAUUCCGGACAGGGCAGUUAAAGGGGAUGGGAAGCACAGUUGUAGUAUUUCAGAGUCCAGACCAUUCUCCAAAAGACCCACUGGCUACUCCGAGCCUAAUAGUGUUGUUUCAGAUAAACUCCAUGAACUUAGUAGAAAUGGAACUGUGUUCAAGCCUAAAAACGACUCAGUGGUCAACCAGAUGUACUUGCCAAAAAGCACAGAUUCCAGACUGUUUCCUAGAUCAACCUCACACGUUAAUAAAGGGGGAUCCGAUGACAUUGAUAAAUUGCUGAUGGACCUGGAGUGUCUUUCCCAGAACAUGCAAAAAGAGCCCCCACUGCCCCCUAAACUUAAAAACUGUGCCCAGCAGACAGGUUCCCCCCAACAUUUGAUUGGUAACUCGGUGGCUAACGAUCUACCAGUGGCGGGUUUGUCUGGACCCUCGAUGACUAAGCCCUCUAAAACAGGGGUUGAGGCCACCGAAGAAGAUGAUGGAGCUCUGCUUCUCAGGAUUCUUGAGAGCAUUGAGAGCUUUGCUCAGGAGCUAGUAGAGAGUGGAGCUGGUAGAGGAACUCAGUCUAAGGAGCGAGAGGUCAUGCGUCUUCUUCAGGACACGCUAGCCAGCACCAAAGCAGAGGUGGCCCCGCUCCCACUGCCUGUACCUCAGCCUGAGACUGCAUCUACACCAGCACAAACACCUAAAUGCACACCUGCCCCAACACCCUCAAGUGCACAUCCUGCUGUACAAACCCCUGCUUCUACUAUAAGGGACACAGGCUCAACGCUUCUCAUUCAACAGACGCCCGAAGUCAUCAGGAUCCAGCCUGAGAAGAAACCUGGAACACCUCCUCCAGCUCUAGCACCUGCACCCUCCUCGCCAACCCCACGGCCGCCCAGCCCUCCGCCAGCCAAAGUAGUGGCCACUCCCCCACCCUCCUCCAUAAACAUUCCACGCUUCUACUUCCCCAAAGGCCUUCCAAACUGUGCAGCCAACUAUGACGAGGCCAUUGCCAAAAUCGAGGCGGCCUUCACGGAGUUUGAGGAGGAGAAAGCUGACAUUUAUGAAAUGGGGAAGAUUGCAAAGGCUUGCGGUUGUCCCCUCUAUUGGAAAGCACCAAUGUUUAUUUGCGCUGGUGGAGAGAGGACAGGUUUUGUUUCUGUCCACUCAUUCAUUGCAACAUGGAGAAAGUUAUUACACAGCUGCUAUGAUGAUGCAUCCAAAUUUGUUUACUUGCUUGCCAAACCAGGCUGCAGUUACCUAGAACAAGAAGAUUUCAUCCCUCUGUUACAGGACAUCGUGGACACUCAUCCAGGGCUGACAUUUUUAAAAGAUGCUCCUGAAUUCCAUUCCCGGUACAUCACAACAGUGAUUCAAAGAAUAUUUUACACAGUUAAUCGCUCUUGGACAGGCAAAAUCAACAUGACAGAGCUCAGGAGAAGCAACUUCCUCCAGACUCUCGCGCUGCUGGAAGAAGAGGAUGACAUCAAUCAAAUCACAGAUUAUUUCUCUUAUGAGCACUUUUAUGUCAUUUACUGUAAGUUCUGGGAGCUGGACACUGACCAUGACCUCUUCAUCGACCCCAAGGAUCUGGCCAGGUACAAUGACCAUGCCUCAUCAAGCAGAAUCAUUGAGAGGCUGUUCUCAGGAGCUGUCACAAGGGGAAACUCAGUCCAGAGAGAAGGAAGAAUGAGCUAUGCUGAGUUUGUUUGGUUCCUCAUUUCAGAGGAGGACAAAAAGAAUCCCACAAGUAUAGAGUACUGGUUCCGCUGUAUGGAUAUGGAUGGAGAUGGUGUUCUGUCCAUGUUUGAACUGGAGUUUUUCUAUGAGGAGCAGUGCGAACGCAUGGAGGGGAUGGGCAUUGAACCACUGCCUUUCCAGGAUCUCCUGUGCCAGAUGCUGGACUUAGUUAAACCAGAAUGCCCAGGUAAAAUUACUCUACGAGAUCUGAAGCGCUGCAGGAUGGCACAUAUUUUCUAUGACACAUUCUUCAAUCUGGAGAAGUACCUGGACCAUGAGCAGAGAGAUCCCUUUGCAGUGCAGAAGGAUUUGGAAAGUGACGGUCCAGAGCCCUCCGACUGGGACAAGUAUGCUGCCGAAGAGUAUGAGAUUCUUGUGGCAGAGGAGACAGCCAAUGAACAGCUACGAGAGGGAUCUUUUGACGACGAUUACGAGUCAGAUGAGCUCACGGUCUCCUCAGACAUUGGAAAUAAAAUGGAUAAGCUGGUCAUAUCUGAUUUAUCGGCAUAAGUCGCCGUUUUUGUACGGAUAACCACCAUGCCAUAUUUUUCCUCACACGUCAAAAAGGGAAAACAUUUUUCUACAUUUCAUUUAAGGACAUUUGUGUGUGUGUGCAUGUGUGCAAUAGAACUAAUUCUAAAACCAAAAGGCUUCAGACACCCACAAAAAGGCUUUAUGUGCAAUAUGUCUUAACAUGUAAAUGUAAACUCAUCGUUUUUCACUCUCUUACCGAUAAUCACAUCCACUCCCCUCAAACUAAACUGCCGGCUGGUUCCAUCCACCCUUCACAAAGACUUUGAUGUGAAACAAAAGGACUUUUUUAGUAACUUUAGAAAGAGUUUAGAAUGUGCUUUAUUGUGAGUGAAACUAUAUGUAAUGCUGCCAUAUAUUUUUAAAGGGUGGGGAGGAAAACUAGAGAGACUUUAUACUUGUGUGGCACGUAACACACCGAAACUAGUUCUCUCGACUAAAUCAGACAUUUAAUCAUGAGAUCAGCACAUGUCCUAUGCUAUGCUUUGUUGCACAUUGUGUUUAAGGGACGUGGCAACGGUGCAAACGUGUUGCUCCCAGUGGUCACUGAUGGUAUUGCAUGUUGUUGCUUAAAGAAAAGACUAAGUUAUGACUAUUACGGUUUUUUUAACUUAAGACAGCAAACCUCCAUUUACAUAUUUCCAGAUGAACUGACCAGGACAAUCUUAAGACUUGAAAGUGCUUUUUGGAAAUGUCCUUUCUCAGCUAUAUAAUGUGUAGAAAUGGCCAUGCAAACAUGAACUAUAUAUAUAUAUAAAUUCAUCAUGCUUUUCAUCUUUGGUGUACAGAGACAUCUGUCCUGAAGCAUUUUGUGUAUGUAUUUAAUUCACCUGUAAUCAGGUAAAGAGAGCUGUAAAGCACUAUUUAUUUGGCUUGGGCAUUGUUAACGCACUGUUUAAGAUUAUACAGAAGACCACAGUCCUUCUGACCCCUGGUUGACCACUCAUGCUCAUGUACUCUCUUCUACUGUUGACUCAUGCAAUGUACAACGAAUUGGAGUUGCAAAAAUAACCAUCUCAAACUAUUCUGCCUUUGGGCAGUAAACUAAUACCACUCCAAACACCACAGGGCAACAGUGUUUACAGGGAAACCAACAUACGCUUGCUUAUAGUCCUCUGCCAUGGAACUGGGAUUUUGAGAAAGUGUUUAAUCAUCCAAAAUGACACAAUUCAGCUUUAACAAGUGACUGUCUCUUAGUGCUGGCCAGCCUGAUCAGUGUUUUUAAAUGUCUCUCUGUGUGCCUCCACUCCGUCACACUCUUUGGUUUCUGUAAUUAGUGUAAUAUAUUUAUAUAUGUGAAGUGGUUUUGUUUGGCCAGCCAUUUUCAUGGUUUACCAGUAGUUUUUUCUUGUACUGUAGUCUAGCUCUUUUUUUUGACCUAGGACAUUUAUUUUAUAUAGCCACUGUAAAUGUCUUUGUAUUUUAUUUUUCCCAUGUGAUUGACUCUGCCACUGAGUGGUAGGGUAUGUUUAAAUUAUGAUAUAUCUCUAACUGCCAGUGUUAUAUAAUGUGCAUUAAGCUGAGUGAGCAGGGGCUUUAUGAAGGAAUUCAAUAUGAAUUCAUUGACAGGUGACAAUCAACUGGACAUGUUUCUGCCAAUAAUGACAUGCAAGUAGCACUUAGAAAAAGAAAAAAAAAAAACAGCAAUACAAUACAACUGUAGUGUGUUACACUUUUAUCGAGACAAUUAGAUAUUGAGAUGAAAACACAAAGCUGCAACUAAACUUGACUAAUGCUACAAUCCUGGUUCAUUUUGAUCACUAGCACAUUGACGCUAUGCAAAUCUGAUCUUCUGGACAGCUAUUGGCAGCUACAGAAGCUGUAAACAACAAAUCUUGUUAGUGUGCGAUUUUUCUUCUUCUUUUUAUCUUUUUUGUGUUUUAUAUCUUUCUAUGUGUUCUUUUUUUUCUUUUGGACAGGAUAUGUCUUGCUUGCAGAUGGUGAAAGAUUGGACUUAAGUGGCGUAAUCUCUUAAGUGCUUUGAUGAGAUGGCUCUGGUGUUCGCAUGAAUUUUCCCUUUUUUUUUCUUUUGGAAAAUUAUGAAAACAAAUAAAAAUGUCAAUUUA